AUGGGUGUGUGGGGGUGGUGGGGUGGUGUGUGGGGGGGGGGGGGGGGGGGGGGGGGGGGGGGGGGGGGGGGGGGGGGGGGGGGGGGGGGGGGGGGGGGGGGGGGUGGUGGGGGGGGGGGUUGGGUGGGGGUGGGUGGGGGUGGGGUGUGGGGGGGGGGGGGUGGGGGUGGGGUGGGGGUGUGGUGGGGGGGGGUGGGGGGGGGGGUGGGGGGGGGGUGGUGGGGGGGGUGGGGGGUGGGGGGGUGGGUGGUGUGGUGGGUGGGGGGGUGGGGGUGGGUGGGGUGGGGGUGGUGUGUGGUGUGGGUGGUGGGUGGGGGGGGUGGUGGUUGUGGGGGUGUUGUUGUGGUGGGUGUUGGGGUUGGUGUGGUUGUUUUGGUGUGGUGUGUGGGUGGUGGUGUGGGGGUGGUGUUGGGUGUUGGUGUGGGUGUGUGUGUGGGUGGGUGUGUGGGGUGGGGGGGGGGGGGGGGGGGUGGGGGUGGGGGGGGGGGUUGGGGGGUGGGGGGUGGGGUGUAUGGGUUUGGUGGUUGGGUUGUUGGUGUGUUUGUGUUUUGGUUGGGUGGGGGGGGGGUGUGUUGGUUUAUGUUGUGUGUGGGUUUGUGGGUGGGGGUG